AACCGCAUACGUCACGCUCUCCUGUCCACUGCUGUCUUUCUCCAAACCACUCGACUGACCCACAGUAACUGAUCUCGUCCUCUGAAACUCACGUUUGAUUCCUGACUGGUGGAAUCCACUUCUGCAGCCAAACAGCUGAACUCUGCCAAGAUGGAGGACUCGUACAGAGACAGGACAUCUCUGGUUAAAGGCGCUCGUGACAUCGCCAAGGAGGCGAAACGCCACGCCGGCAAGAAGGUCAACAAAGUGGUGGACCGUGCUUCGAACGAAUUCUCCGGCCGCAGCUACAGCCGCUUUGAAAACGACGAAAACGAGGGCGCCGACGAAGACUGUUACAAUUAUCAGGACGGCCAGGCUCAGCGAGAGGAUGACGAGGGAUCCAGCGACGCCACCGAGGGCCACGAUGACGAAGACGAAAUAUACGAGGGCGAGUACCAGGGCGUGCCUGCUGGGGGCGGGGCCACGGAUGGGCGUGGCCAGGUGGCGAUUGGCCAGCUGUUGACGGAUGGAAUGAAGGACAAGCGAGAGCUGGAGAAGGAGAGAGAGGCGGAUGAGGAGGAGCUGGCGCAGCAGUACGAGCUCAUCAUCCAGGAGUGUGGACACGGACGCUUCCAGUGGCAGCUGUUCUUCGUGUUGGGCCUGGCACUCAUGUCUGACGGGGGGGAGGUGGGCUGGGUGAGUGAUGAAAGAAUUGCACAAACUAACAAACACCAUGCUCACAGUCUUUCUCGGCGUGUGUCUGCAGGCAGUGUGGUGUAUCUGGGAAUGAUGGUGGGCGCGUUCUUCUGGGGCGGUCUGUCAGAUAAGGUGGGUCGACGGCAGUGUCUGCUGGUGUGUAUGUCAGUCAACGGCUUCUUCGCCUUCCUGUCAUCCUUCGUUCAGGGCUACAGCACCUUCCUCUUCUGCAGGAUGCUCUCGGGGUUUGGGAUUGGCGGUGCGGUUCCCAUCGUGUUCUCAUAUUUUGCUGAGUUCCUGGCCCGUGAGAAGCGCGGGGAACACCUGAGCUGGCUCUGCAUGUUCUGGAUGGUGGGCGGGAUCUACGCCUCAGCCAUGGCCUGGGCCAUCAUUCCACACUACGGUGAGUGCCAUCUUGAUGCCUUCUCCGCGGCAUCCAUGAUGUUCCUGAUGGCUCUGUUACGGCAUUCACCUGUCAACUCCUCAUACUUGGCUCUCUUCCGUUCAAAUGCCUCUUCCAUCCGGUCUUCCCAGGGCACAGUCAAUUCCAGUAGAACCACCUGCCUUGAUGAUUCUGAAAAUAGGACCAUGUCAGGCCUAAGUGUGGUCGUGGCGAUGGUUUCUGGAAAUCUGAGCUGCCUUCCCAGGUUUGGUCCUCCAUACAGCACAACUCAUGAAGUGGGAAAGCAUGACGAAGCAUGGAUGGUUCUCAAACAGAUUCAUGACACCAACAUGCGUGCGCGCGGAGAGCCCGAGAAAGUCUUUACUGUGAACCGUAUUAAGAUCCCCAAGCAGCUGGAUGAGCUGGUGGAGAUGCAGUCGGAGUCGACAAACCCUGUGGCCAAAGUCUUAUUCAGGAUCAAGAGCGAACUGCGCGGAAUCUGGCUCACGUUCCUGAAGUGCUGGGAUUACCCCGUCAAGGACAACACUGUGAAGCUGGCCGUGGUUUGGUUCUCGCUGUCGUUCGGGUUCAUUGGCAUGAAGUUUAAGUCUGUGACUUUCAUCGACUCCACCUUUCAGAGCUGUUACUUUGAGGACGUCAGCUCCAUUGGUUCCUUCUUCAAGAACUGCACCAUCAUAGAAGCGUUCUUCUAUAAUACAGAUAUCGACGACUCGAAAUUCAUCGGUUCCUCUGUGAUCAACUCCACGUUUGCACACAACAAGACCGGCUGUCAGAUGACGUUUGAUGACGACUACAGCGCAUACUGGGUGUAUUUCAUCAACUUCCUCGGCACGCUAGCCGUGUUGCCAGGCAACAUAGUCUCCGCCCUCCUUAUGGAUAAAGUGGGCCGUCUGAGCAUGUUAGGCGGCUCGAUGGUGUUGUCUGGCAUCAGUUGUUUCUUUCUGUGGUUUGGCACCAGUGAGUCCAUGAUGAUAGCGAUGCUCUGCCUUUAUAACGGACUCAGUAUAUCGGCCUGGAACUCACUGGACGUGGUGACGGCCGAACUGUAUCCCACCAACAGGAGAGGAACUGGCUUUGGCUUUUGUAACUCCAUGUGUAAGCUGGCCGCAGUCUUGGGGAAUCUAAUAUUUGGGUCGUUGGUGGGAAUCACAAAAUCCAUCCCGAUCCUGCUGGCCUCGUCUGUGCUGGUCGCCGGAGGCCUGGUGGGUCUGCGGCUCCCCGACACCCGCAACAACGUCCUCAUGUGACCCCACCACACCUGUGACCUCUGACCCUGAGUCGUCACGGAAACACGCAGGACACGCUCAGGGUGCAGGUGGAAGCGACUAUGACGUGUUUGCUUCAUUUAUUCAUUUAAAGUGUGUUAUUUAUUCAGUUAGAGAUGUUUAUUCUCUGUUGAAUUUGCCCAGUUCAGAUCAAAAGAUUAGAUGUUGAUGCCUUUGUUACAGUAAAUCAAAUGUUAUUAUGUUAUGAAAUGUAAAAAUGAAAAAAGUGUCGAAAU